AUGAUCUCUGAAACUAAACUUCAACAUAAAAGUGUAUUGGAAAUUGCACAAACAUUGAAAACUGUUCAAGAUAUCAAUACAAAAACUAGUAACAAUGUAUAUUGUGGCAAAAUUGUUAUUGGUUUAAAUAAGUACAUAAACUAA